AUGCCCAUCCCCUUCCUCCCACCCGAACUUUGGGACCACAUCCUCGACUACCGUCUCUCCACCAUCCGCCCACCACCAGGACCAGAACCCCACACAUCCCACCGCACCAUUCUCAUCACCCGCCAAUAUCGCUUCCCACACGACCUGCACAUCCGCAAUCACAUCCGCCACGACUUCGCAGCCUACUACUACGGUACCACGACCUUCCAUUUCGUCGAACGCGACCUGAUUCGUCCGUUCCUCGAAGCAGUCCCGUCGGAACAUCGGCGCAUGAUCCAUUCGAUUCGGUUCAGUUAUAAUGCCAGUGGACGAAGCUAUUUCCACGUGGAGCUGCAGGUGAUGCCACGGCUACUGCCCACUUCUCUUGAGACAAUCAGCCUAACAUACCUCGUCUUUCAGGUGAUGAUGUUGAGACGGCUGCUUGGAGAGGCAAUUUCGAGGGAUUUGAGGGAUAGGCAGUUUGAGGUGGGGAGUGUGGUGCCGGGGUAUGGGGAUCAUUUCUGGGAGAGGGGACAUGGGUUUGGGUCGAGGCUGUGA